CAGUGGAUGUUGCUAGAACCCACGCGGAGGACAGGAGAGACACAGGCAGGCUGUGGUCACUCAAGCGGCCGCCCCUGCCUCAGGGACCCUUUCCCCGAGAGACGGCAUCAUGACCCAGGGAAAGCUCUCCGUGGCUACCAAGGCCCCCGGGACCGAGGGGGGGCAGCAGGCGAAUGGAGAGAAGAAGGAGGCCCCAGCAGUGCCCUCAGCCCCGCCAUCCUAUGAAGAGGCCACCUCUGGGGAGGGGCUGAAGGCAGGAGCCUUCCCCCCGGCCCCCGUGGCUGUGCCUCUCCACCCCAGCUGGGCCUAUGUGGACCCCAGCAGCUCUAGCUACUACGAGGGCGGGUUCUCCGGCGGCCUGGAGCGCUUCACUACCUUCAGUUGGGAUGACCAGCGAGUCCGCCGCGUCUUCAUCAGAAAGGUCUAUACCAUCCUGCUGAUCCAGCUGCUGCUCACCUUCAGUGUGGUGGCUCUGUUCACCUUCUGUGAACCUAUCAAGCGCUAUGUCCAGGCCAACCCAGGCUGGUACUGGGCAUCCUAUGUUGUGUUCUUUAUCACCUACCUGACACUGGCCUGCUGCUCUGGACCCAGGAGGUAUUUUCCAUGGAACCUGAUUCUUCUGACCGUCUUUACUCUGUCCAUGGCCUACCUCACUGGGAUGUUGUCCAGUUACUACAACACCAAGUCUGUGCUGCUCUGCCUGGGCAUCACGGCCCUCGUGCCCUGGCUCCACGCAGUGUAUUCCGUGCUGGGGGCAGUGGUGUUUACAUUGUUCCUGGCAUUUGACACUCAGCUGCUGAUGGGGAACCGGCGCCACUCCCUGAGCCCAGAAGAGUAUAUUUUUGGAGCCCUCAACAUUUACCUAGACAUCAUCUAUAUCUUCACCUUCUUCCUGCAGAUUUUUGGCACCGACAGGGAUUGAGGUGCCCCACCCCCACCCCAGCCUGGCUUCCUCCAGAGAAUGCCCCCCUCCCCGGCCCGCCCCAGCCCAAGCCCGCAUAAACCUAGAUCUAAACCUAGCUGCGUGGCCAGCGCCCAGCCCCCAGCUUGUACAUAUGCCGUCGCCCUCAGGCCCUGCAGAGCCCAGGUCCAGGCUACCCAGCACAGCCCCCUCUCCCCGCUACCCCUCCCAUCCCAGACUUUCCAGGCAGGCGGCGCCCUUGCCAGCCGAUCCUCCAGGUUUGAAGACCCUAGGGUGAGUGGGAGGAGGCAGCAGAAUUGCACCUGUGGGAAAGCCCCCCAGGAGCCUGGCGGCGAGACACACACACACACACACACACACACACACAC